UUAAGAUUUUAUUUCGAAAAAUUUUUUUUUUUGGCUUAAAUUUCACAGUGGAACGGAAAUGGUUUCAAAUUUCUAUUGAUAAAUUCAAUCAAUAAUCAAUAAAAAUUAUAAUUAAUAAUCAUGCAAAAAGUCGAUACACGUCAUACGUAUCAACAAAUGAUACAACAACAUCAGGCAGCAGCACAACAGAAUUAUCAGCCAUCUAAUCAAUUAAUUUUAGCAUCCGGUGGUUAUGAUAAUACUAUUCGUAUGUGGAAUGUGGAUAAAGGAUUUUGUGAUAAAUCAAUACAGAAUCCGGAUAAUUCACAUGUAAAUGCAUUGGCUAUAACGCCUACACGUGAACUAUUAGCAUCGGCUGGUUUUCAACAUAUCCGUCUUUAUGAUGUUCAAUCCAAUGCAAGUACACCUUUGAUUAAUUUUGAAGGCAUUUCCAAAAAUGUUUCAAGCAUUGGAUUCAGUCCAAACACCACAUUCAUGUAUACAGGUGGUGAAGAUUUUUAUGCACGUAUUUGGGAUAUACGUUCCCGAAGAUUAACAUGUCAAAGACAUUGUGGCCUAAAAACACCAAUAAAUUCAUUAUUUUUACAUCCAAAUGAAAUUGAAAUCUAUAUAGCUGAUCAAAGUGGUUCAAUUUGGAUAUGGAAUCUACAGAAUGAUCAAUUACAACGGUUAUUUGUUACUAAUGAUGGUUUUAUACAACAUAUUGCAUAUGAUAAAGAAUGUAGAUUAUUGGCCGCCAUCGAUACAUUAGGUAAAUGUUAUAUAUUUCGUAAUACAAGUUUUCUACCACCAGAAAUGCUUGAAGAGAAAAAUGGUGAAAUGACUGCCAGUGGCUAUCUACAUCGUAGACUCAUAUUUCAAGCACAUGAUAAAUAUGGUCUAAAAUGUUGUUUUUCACCUGAUUCAACAUUGUUGGCCACAUCGUCGGCUGAUACUACAGUAAAAUUUUGGCGUACAUCAGAUUUAUCUAUUGUAAAUUCAACCAAUACAAUUCAAAUUGAUGAUCCAUCCGAAUUGAAAGCAAAUCAAAAACCUAAAUCACAAACAAAUGCCGUUACAUAUGAACAAUUUAUCCGCUAUAAAGAUCUAUGGCAUAAUACAGAUGAUGGUGCUGGUACGGAAUUUGAUCCAGCUGCUGUAGCAAUGCUUGGUGCACCAUUUCUUGCACGACUAUUUCCAUGGAAAAAGAUUAAACCACAAAAACCACCACGUUGUUAUCUGAAACGUCGUCGUCAUAAUCAUACAUGUAAUGCAAGUAAUCGAAAUACAUGUUGUAAAUAUGUAAACAACAACAACAACAACAACAACAACAAUAAUAAUCAUAAUAAUAAUAAUAAUAAUAAUGGUCGAUUAAGUGCUAAUGGAUGUGCACUUUGUGCUUAUCGAGAUCGAUCAUUAAAUAAUAUUUUACGAAGAAAUAUAAAUACAACGCGACAAUCAAGUUUUUAUGUUGUAAAUGGUAAGGAGAAAAAUUCUGUGGCCGGAUCCGGAAGAUUAUCCAGUACUGAUCCAUUGAAUUCACCAGUACGAACAUCAUUGAAUAAUCAUAAUCAUCAUAAUCAAAAUCAUCACCACCACCACCAUCAUCAUCAUCAUAAUUUUCAUCAUUCACAAUUUGGUGGUGGUAAUCAAUUAUAUCAAUCGGUUUAUACAAAAUAUUUGGACAAUGAUUAUAAUGAAUUAUUUAAUAAAUUGGAAGAUAUCAGUAUACAUAAUGGUGGUACUGGCAAUGGUAAUAAUGGUAAUAUUACUGAUAUAUUCACAUUGGAACGACAAGAAGAUGAAGAAUUUUUGAAUAUAAUUAAAGAAUUAAAACUAGUCGAUAGUGAUUUUGAUUGUGAAUAUGAUGAUGAAAUUAAUCGUAAUGAUAAUGGUCAUCCUGAUAAUGGUCAUGAUGAUGAUGAAGAUUUAGAUGAUGAUGACGAUGAUGAUGAAGUCGAUGAGGAUGAUGAUGAUGAUGAUGAUGAUGAUGAUGGUAGUGGUGAUAUUGUGAAACCGCCAAAAAUUGAAAAUAAUAAAAAAAAUUAUAUUGGAAAACAAAUGACGACGAAAAGAAGUAUAUCAGCAACAAAUAGCCUUAGUAAUUCAAGUAGUCGUAGUAAUAGUAAACAUCGUAAUCAUAAUAAUAAUAAUCAGAUAAAUCAGCAACAAAAUUCUGAUUGUUGUUGUUCAUGUGAUUGUUUUAAAAAAGAAAAAUUGACAAAUGGUUUACCGAAUCUUUCAAAUCACAACAAUAAUAAUAAUUUUAUUGAUGAUAAUGACCAUUAUGAAAAUGGUGGCGGUGAAUCUGAUGAUAAUAAUAAUGGUGGUGGUAAUAGUGAACGUAGAGUAAAGAAAAAACAAAAAAAUGAAUGGUCAUUAACCGAACAGAUAACACCAUUUCAAACGUUGAAACGGCCAAAUCAAAAAUGGGUCUGGGAUUUAGCAUUCUCAGCCGAUUCACAAUAUGUUUUCACUGCAUCAUCCGAUCAUUAUGUACGAUUAUGGUCAGUUUAUAGUGGUCAAAUGACACGUGAAUAUAGUGGCCAUCAAAAAGCUGUUACGGCAUUAGCAUUUUCUGAUGUUUUUGUUGAAUAAAAAUCCAAUCAAUGAUAUUUGGACCAUGAUCGAUUCAAAAAACAAUCAAAAUUAUCCAUUCAAUCAAUCAAUCAAUCAAUUAAUUAAUUAAUUAAUUGAUUGAUUAUUCAAUAUAUGAACAAAUUAUAUUUAUAUCUUAAUUAUUGUAUUCUCUUAACCGCCAACCAAUCAACCACCCACCAACCAAUACAUACACACACACACACACACGCAAAUUCAAGUAAUUCCUAAUCAAUCGAUCAAUCAAUUUUAAAUAAUCAC